AAGACGAGCGAUCAAAGAAAUACAGCGCUGGCCAUUUACAACAUUACAAAGAAUCCUCAGGAUGAUCUGAAGCCAGAAGCUGUGGCGUUCACACAUCCCUCAAUGACAUCGGUGACCGCUCUAUCUUUUGGCUCAUGGGUGGUUCUGUUCGUUGGGACAGCUAAUGGGCAGCUGAUUAAGAUCUCACUUGAUGGGAACCUUAAACCCACCUGUCCAAGGGUCCUGUACCAAUCUGACCAUGACGUCCCCGUGUUCUACAAAAUGCUUCUAGACCCAGAGGAUAAAAAGCGUAUCUACAUGGUGACGGGAAACCAGCUGAGAGCAGUCAGUGUGGCUCAGUGUGACCAAUACAGCAGCAUGAGGGACUGCUGGUCUGCACAGGAUCCUUUCUGUGGGUGGUGUGUGCCUAUGAAGAGAUGCAUGUUUAACUCUGAAUGUCCGGGAGCAACUGUAAGGUCUGUGUAUAGGAGAAUGACAUCUUUGCAAAUAGAAAUUGUUUCAUCUGACAAGAUCACAGUAAAUGUCACCACUCCCAUGAGACUUCCAAACGGAUCCUCUGUGUCUUGCUCCUUCGAUGAUGUGGGUUCAGAUAUUUGUGACAAACCAGCUUCCCCCUGUUCCUGCACAUUUCCAGUUCACAAUCUCCCUACAGGAGGCUUUAAAAUUGCAGUAAGAAUCACUGUAGCAGAGGAGGGAAUAACUGAACAUCUGGUUGUAAAGAACUGCCCGAAUAUUACAGCAGCGUCUUCAGUUGCCCAGUGUUAUGCGUGUGUCACAAGUGGUUGUACCUGGUCUAGUUCACAAACCUGUUCCUGGCCUAAUGGGAAGUUACAUCAAGCUCAGGCAGAGGAUGUCUGUAAAGACGUCGCCCCUGCUUCGAACUAUUCAGAGCCAGACGUGCACUCUGUUAUUCCGAGUGUCGUCUCCUUUCACGGCAAAAACAAUGUUAAGAUGUUGGGGGAGAACCUUGAUCACGUAGCAAAGAUACGUCUUCAGGGGACAGUGGAAUGCUACUCUGAGGAAUUGCAGGUAUUGGCCCAGACGGCACACAGCCUACGGUUUAACCUUCCCGGCUGGAAGGUUGAUAUGAUGACCGUUUGCGCAUUGUUGCCCGAUGGAAGGUGUGUUGGCUCACAGUCAGUCAUGUACAGACCCCUGCCACACUGUACUGCCAUUUCUCCCAGCAACACCUGGGCCAGUGGAGGAAGAAAGGUCACAAUCUCUGGUGAAAAGCUGGAUUUGGUGGAUGGGAUAGAGCUGUGCGGAAACGUGCACAUCGGGAAUUCUAGCUCCGAGAGGUUCGAGUUCCGCACCCCACCCAACCUGGAGUCAGCACCCAAUGGGAAGCUACAAGGAGCGUUAAUCCUUCUGUGCCUGGCAAACGAAACAAGGGAAUGUGUGCAGCUAACAUACCUCCCAAAUCCCGAAUUCACCAGCUUCAAAGCCACACCUGUGGGUAGUGACCUGCGGAUCGUCAUUGCGAAAAAGGUGGACAAGCUAAACUUAACUGGGCAGGAGCUGAACAUAACUGCCAAGGUGGACGAUCAGCAGCAUCAGUGUGAAGUGGAAUCGAUCAUAUUGGGUAACGACAUGGCAGAGGAUUCUGUGACUUGCAGAAUAAGCAACCAGUCAAAGGGUAGCAUUCAGUCAGUCAGGAUAGUGCUGGGGAAUUUCUCAAAGCAGCUCGAAGAGCAAAAUACUAAUAAAUAUUACUGGAUCCUCCUGGGUGUAUUUGCUUUCAUCGCUCUUAUCAUCACAGGUGUUUUACUGUGGGUUUACCAUUUCAAAAAGAAGAAGCUGUCUGCAGAGAUGAACAAGUAUCUAGACACUCUGGAAUGUGAGAUAAGAAAAGAGAUCAGACAAGGCUUUGUUGACAUGCAGAUAACAGAGACAUCACAAUUUAUCGAAAAUGUCGGCACGAUCCCCUUCCUGGAUUACAAGCAUUUUGCCUCCAGAAUCUUUUUUCCUGAAGCCUCAUCUAUGAGUAACUAUAUGAAGGAUAUUGACCAGGUGGGCUACAUACAUUUGAAGUCCUAUGCUUUAUAUUUUUGCUUAUAUUGUACUCAGGUGAACUGACUCUAAUUUCCUUUUCACCUUGGAUAAGUGAUGAUUCGUUUUCAUGAAAUUUUGCUUUAUGUGCCAUUUGCACAAGUGUAAGUACAGGUACAUUAGAGAACUUCUUUUCACAGAUUCCUUCCUGUUCUCCAUUGAGACGUUCACAAACAGUACCAGUCAAAGGUCUUGCCACACCUACUAUUAAUGCAUUUGUAUCUAUUUUAGCUGCUAUUCACCUUAUAGUAAACUUAUAGUAGACCCCGAGGCAAUGAAGUAAUACUCAUCAAUUAUUGCAAUGACCAAGAGAAGUAUUCAGCAUCUCAAAUUUUCUGAGAGGACAGAGUCUCCAAAGAAACCCCUCUUUUGUUUCGAUGACGACAUAGCAGACUCUUUUUGUUCUUCCAAUCAGCUCCCAGAUGUAGCCACCUGGAAUGCUUCUCUAACAGUCCUAAAGGAGUUUCCACAAAUUCUGGGCACAAGUUGGCCACCUUUCUCUUAUUCUUAAAUCCAGCUCAUCCCAAACCAGCUCUAUAGGACUUAUAGGCUGGGGGGUUGUGGGGGCCAGGUCAGCUGUCACAGCACUCCAACUCUUUUCUUGUUCAUAAGGUAACACUUACUACAUAACUGUGAGCUGUGCUUAGGCUCAUUAUCUUGACAAAAAAGGAUCUUCAGCAGGUGUGUCCAGACGUUUGACUGGUACUGCAUUUACAUUUGAGAGUGAAAUCUGGAGUCUGAGCACAGGGUCAGGCCGUUUAUCUGCAAAUUUCUAAAAACUACUUACUUCUGAAUAGUUUUGUUCAUUUUUGUAUAACUUUACUAUACAUACAUAUAAAUCUUGACUCAAAUGUUGUUUUAUUUAGACCUAUGUAAAUGAAAAUGUGCAAAUUUGCCAGUUUUUACAAAGAAAGUGGGUUAAUUUCAUUAUCCAGGUCACAAAAGCAAAGUUUGAAGGGAAUAAUGGCCAUUUCUAUACUUUUACAACAUAAGCAAUUAAGAAAUAACGCAUACUAUUAAGGAAUAAAACUUGUGUUACAUAGUGUAAUUAGAGUAACUAAAUACUAGUAAAUACAGGGGUAAAAGCGCAGAAUAUAUGAUGCUAAACACUAUGAGAUGAUCA